CGUGAUUCGAUGUUUCAGCCGUUUCAGCCGUGGCGCCACUCUCCACUCAAACAAGUUGUGACUCAGGGUUGCGAGUAAUUUGGCUUUUGUGUAGACAAAAAAAAGUAAAAAACAAAAAUAGAGAUGAGUCGAAAGGAAGCGUUGUCGCAAUUUAUUGCACAAAUCCACGGUAGACCUGUCGUAGUCAAGCUUAAUAGUGGCGUUGAUUACAGAGGUGUUCUCGCUUGUCUCGAUGGUUACAUGAACAUUGCGUUGGAACAGACAGAAGAAUACGUCAAUGGUCAACUGAAAGACAAGUACGGAGAUGCUUUUAUCCGUGGAAACAAUGUACUGUAUAUUAGCACACAAAAACGUAAAACAUAAAUACUGAAAUGUGAAAAAUCUUCAUUUAUUUAUCAUUAAAACGAGUGUUUGUAUAAAA